UUUCAGAUGGCCUGCAUUCUCCUUAAGCUUCCUCCUACCCCGCCCCCGUUCUCCUCCGUCUCAGCAAAGGAUCCUGCUGGCUACUGCGUGGAGAAGAUGGACGCUGUCAGACUGUCGUGCCAUGGAGAAGAUGGACGCUGUCAGACUGUCGUGCCAUCUAGUUCCUGCUGCCACGCCAAGACGUCUGGAGCCAUUGAGACAGUCAUGGAAUGUCUUCAGAGAUGA